CUUCUAAAAUCUAAAAACUUAACCUCUAAAUUUCUAAGCCCAAAGCCCUCAGUCUCACUCUCCCUUAGAUUUUCUCAGUAGCCAAACACUUUAACCUCUAGAUUUCUAAGCCAAAACACUUUCCCUAAGAUUUUCUCAAAUUUUCUAGGCCAAGCCCCAGACCUCGACCUAGACUUUGACCCAGGCCCAAACCCAAACUCAACCCCAGCCCUCCACCGCCUUGCGGCGCCUGUUGCUGCCAUGUUGGUCCCACGGCGAGACCGUCACGCUGAUCAACUCCUAUCGCGAGAAAUUGUACUCGCUCCGGUGCGGGAAUCUGAAGGCAACCCAUUGACAGGAGGUGGUAGAUUCAGUCGCUCGUCGCUGCUCCGUUGUGUCUCCUCCCAAGACCGCCUUGCAGUGCUGUCACAAGAUGGAGAAGCUGAGGAAAUGGUACCGCACGGAGCUGCAGAGAGCGAGAUCCAUGCCCGUUUCAAGGUUUAUCUCCUCCUAGGUCCAUUUCAAGCGCAUGGACACCAUGAAGAAAGGUCCUUCGGCUCAGCCUCAAGUCAACUACUUUGAUAGCGACGAAAAUGACAACAACGAUGACGAAGGGCUUGACGUUGAGAACGAUGAAGAAGAAGAUCAGGAUUUGUACGAAGAGUUCAAGAAUGGAGGGUCGAACAUGAGGCGAGUUUUUUUUUUUUUUUUUUUUUUUUAACCUUUCAUUUUUUGAGUUUUUCUGUUUGGUUGCUGUGAAAUUUUUGAGAAAAUUAGGGAAAAUCUAUAUUUAAGAGUUUAGACUAAAGUUCAAGUUAGUUCUAUGAGUAUUUGUUUGUUUGCUUAAAAGAUUGUUUGAUUAGCUAGGUAUUGGUUUGGGUGAGGAGAAGUUCUGUUUGGUUUGUGAGAAAGUUUGGGAAAAUAAAUGAAAAUGAAGUGGUUGAUGUUGUUAUAAAGCUAAAAGAUUUUAAUCUGAUUUUCAAGGGUCCUGUUUGGUUUAUGAGAAAUUUUGUAGUUGCUAACUUAAUGGGAAAAUCUAGUAACAAGUUAUUUAUUUAUUUGGGUCAUAUUGGGUUAAAUGGACGGGUUACUAAGGGUACGUUUGGUACACUGAAUGAGAAUUACGACAGGAAUUGUAAUCUUUAUUACUAGGAAUAAAAUAUAUUGUAAUGUAAUAACUAAACCUAUUCAUUAGUUUGGUUAUGAGUUAUAACAUUAGAUUGAAACUUAACAUUUAUUUUUGGAAAUUUCUUACUCAUACAAUUAUAUUUCCUUAAAAAUUGUUAUUUUUAAAUUUAAGAGAGAUAUGUGUUAUUUUUUAUAAUUUUUUAUUUUUAUAAUUGUUAGAUGUAUAUAGAAAGUUUGUUUACUUGGAAAUAUAUUAAGUUUUGAAAUUAUUGCACUUACUAAGGAAUAGUUAAUACAACCUUUUAAAGAGGAAUAGUUAUUCCUCAUUUUGAAGAAUAGCUAUUCAUAAGGAAUGAUUAUUCAUUGUAAUAAAAACAUAACCAAACUAAAGAAUAACUAAACUACAGGAAUAACUAUUACAUUACAACAUCUAUUACAGUCUACCAAACAUGCCCUAAUUAAAUAGGUUGGGCGGGUAAUGGAUAAUUAAUUUAUCUAUAAACGGGUUAUAAAUGGAUAAAUGGGUAAUUACACACCCAACUCACUUAUGACUCAACCUAUUUACGACCCAACUCACCCAUUUACCACUCCUAACCGCCACCAAAUACACACCAUGCCAGCAAAAGAUUGCUAAAGUCAUUAAUAGCGCCAGUCACAACCAUACUUCACACAAGUCACAGCCAUACACUGCCACCAAAUACACACACCAUGCCACCUUGUCUUCAGAUCCAUAAGCGGGUAUUAGUUUACGUGUUUAGUUCUAGUGGAAACUGAGGAGAGGAAACAAAGUAAAAGUGCUAUUUUAGAUUACCGUUGAGAGGCAUUAUUGCAUUGAGAAAAUUUAGAUGUCGUGACUUAAUUCUUGUACUUGACUUUCAAAGACCGAUUUUGGUUAGAAAUUAUAGCCCGAUUGCUUGAAAUUGUUUGUUAUUGGGGAUUUUGAUAAAUAUAGAGGUGGGAAUAAGAUAAUUGGGUUUAAUUUAUGCUCAAAAGUUAUGAGAAGUUGUUUGAAGAUGGGCCAAAUUGAAAAUCUCUAGCUUCGGUGUUGUUUAGUAACCAUUAAAUAUGUGUGAUAUACUGAUAUGGCUUUGGCUAUUUGGAGAUCUUCAUGUAAUCUUCAUUUUUUUCCGAUGUACCACAAAUUGGACUGGGUGAAUUUGGUAGUGGUGUUUGGCCAUUGAUUAUGUCGGCAAUUUGGUGCUUGCCAGUGGGAAUGUGUAUGGUUAUUUAUUUAUUUUAGGAAAUUUUAAUAAGAGAAGGCAGAAAAUUAGUAUUAACUCAAUUAGAUGGACAAGUGGCAAAAUUUUAUUUUAGAGUGUAAAGUGGAGCAGGAAAAGUGGGAUAGAAGAUUUGGACUCAUUUAAAAGAUAUGAUUGUUUAAUAAAACCUAACUAAUAAAAAUAAGUUUCUCAAAAAAAAAAAAAAACUAAUAAAAAUAUUAAUUAAUUCACUCAUAUUUUAUUGAAGCAACAUCAUCUACCAAGUGGAUAUAAUAGAGUAUAAGAAGGCACAUCAUCUUAUAGUGUGAUCAAUUAUCACAACCAUACACCAGCACAUGUUAAUCUUCUGAAUAAAAAAUUUCCGACUUGAUCGGCCCUAUUAAUCUAUUAUAUAUCAUAUAUUAUUCAGGACCAAACGAUUUUACAGUGGCUAAACCAGUUAUUCGCAGUGCUCUAGGACUGGGAGGACAGCUAUUUGAUACUUCCUCUUUCUACAUAUUAUAAGUUCCAUUAAAUAAUUAAAUUCAUGAUAAAAUUAAUCAUUUAUCUGAGAGAAAAAAGGAAAAAAAAAAAAGAAGGUACCAAGUCACUAUAGACUGAGAAAUUGAGAAUACAGAAUAAUAAAUUUUCCUAUUAAUUAGUUCAGUCUGGCUUAAAGCAAAUUCUCAGUUACUUCUCUGAGCUAGGGAGUAGGGAAUUACGACCUUAUAAGACGACAACUCGCAAACAUGGCAUGCAUACAUGCAUGCGCAGAAUAGAUAGGCCCGUUGACUAUAGGGAAAAACAAAAACACAAACUUUGAGAAUUAUUGGUACUAGAACUUUCUUUUGCCUAAAUAGCAUCAGCUCAGUCUUGGUGUGUGAAUGCAAUGAUGGCAUCUUCUACACCAAGCUCCAUAGAGCACACCAUGCUUGCUGCCUCAGAACAACUAAAAGUACCCAGUAAUAUUACAAAGGAAAUGUGGAACUGUCCUUAUUCAAAUGAUUACUUUGCAAAAUUGGCUGAGGAUUUUGAGAAUGAGGAUGCCUCACCAACGUUUUCCAUGUUAUCUGAAGCUGCUUGUUCUCAUGGAAUCACAAUUGUUGGUGGAUCUGUGCCUGAAUCCGGUGAUGGCCAAUUGUAUAAUACUAGCUGUGUAUUUGGACCUGAUGGAAAACUCAAGGCAGAGCAUAGAAAAAUUCAUUUGUUUGAUAUUGAAAUUCCAGGAGCUAUUACAUUCAAGGAAUCUGACUUCUUUGCUGCAGGAGAUAAACCAACCAUUGUGGACACAGAUGUUGGCCGUAUUGGAAUAGGAAUUUGUCAUGAUAUACGCUUCCCUGAGCUUGCUGCAUUAUAUAGAGAAAAAGAUGCUCGUAUAAUAUGCUAUCCUGGGGCCUUCAACAUUAGCACUGGUGAAUUGUUAUGGGAAGUGAUGCAAAGAGCAAGAGCAGCAGAUAACCAGUUGUUUGUAGCUACUUGCUCACCCUCUCGAGAUUCUAGUGGUAGCUAUGCAAUAUGGGGCCACUCUACCCUUGUUGGGCCGUCUGGGGAGAUAAUUGCAACCUCAGGGCAUGAAGAGACAGUGGUAGUUGCCGUGAUUGAUUAUUCCAAAAUUGAACUCCAAAGAAAGGCCUUCCACUUGACAAGCAAAAGAGGGCAGAUAUUUACCUGUCUAGAUGGACAUGAAGGACAAAAGCCUUGAAAGGGUGAACCUUAUGACAACAUUCAGCAUUCAUUUCCAAAACACUCCAUUUAGUGUCUCUAAAUUUGUCUUGGAUUGGAUGUAAUACUCAUGAUAAUUAUUGGAAUUUGCUCUUUGAAGGUGCU